AUGCUGUCCGUUGGUUUGCUUUUUCUGAUGUUUUUCCUGGCCUUUGAGGGCGCCGUAGUUCAAGCUGAUGACGAGGAUUACGACCCUUGCAAGGCUGGUAAGAUUUUUUAUCUACGUUUCGUCGUCAAUUCCGUUUUCUUGCGUUUCUUUUCUUUGUCAAACGAGCCAUCUUUCCUCGUGUGAGAAACACGAGUAUCAGUGUGCGCUCUUGAUCGCUCCUAUCAGUUCAGUUGUCAGAUUAACAGUCGUAACUAAACAAAGCCAUUCCCGCAAUUUUUCGGAUUAAACCGGCUGCUGUUUUCAACCCGUUUCAUUCACGGUCCCCUGAACAAUGACGAGAUUUUUUAAUUCUUUCCCUCAUUGGGAAAACUACUUGAACGAAGUCCUGAUGCGUACUGUACUUCAGCCCUCUCUGGUUUCCUUUGUCUAAAUGCAUCAAUCAUUUGCAUCAGAUUUUAUCGCUUCAGUUAACACAAGCCUUAAUACCUAAUUUGAUGCCUGCAGAUGGUAUCGUACAGGGUGAUAUUGCAGUUUCUAAGGCGGACUUGCGUCAAAGCAGAAGGAAAAGGGCUGCGACUGCAUUCAACAAGAGGCUUUGGCGAGAAGGUGUAAUUCCUUUUGAGAUAGCAGACGGUGUUUACACAGGUAAGAAAAUCGGAUCGAAUCUGCGUCAUACUUCGUUCGAUCCCCUAAAUGUGGGGCACCAGUUCAAGUUCAAAUUCAUUGUUUCACUUUUGUGUUGCACAUUGAGUGACCUUAUGCAUGAAAAUAGACCUUCUGUUAUCGGAAAAUAAUCCUUCACCAACAGGGUGUAUUUUCACUUAACUUCAAGGGAGUCUUGGGCAAAAAAAUGCGCUCUCUUGAAGGAUUCACUAAAAAGCAAAUCUCGGUUAGGUAUUGCCUUUUUACCGAUGACUCUGGCCCUAACAAGUUUAUUUGUAAUUACUGUAAAAACCUUUUUGUUUAACUUAUUUUGCGGAUACCUAUCGUUAAGCUUUCCUCACUCAUGAAUGAUGUCAUUAGGAUCAUUCUCGAAAGCGUUUUGCGCGGAUCGUCUUUCGGUGCUUAAAGCAUUAGAAGAAAGAGUGUUCAGUUAAAAUUCUUUAUCGUAAUCCAUCAAUUUGUCACGUUUUAUCAUUUGUAAACAUAAAGAUUUAAUUUCCUAUCAGUUAGUUUAACAUAACUAUUGCAUAAUUAUUUUUAUAAAUUACGACAAACCAAUGAAACAAUCGUUUAUUGACAAUUUUUGGUCCUUGUUGCAAAGUUAAAACUGGGUCUCUGAUAUUGAUUUGAGUCCUAUACCUUCAGUGUAUUGGGCUCACUAACCAAAGGAUCGUGGAUGUCUUUCUAAGUGGGCCAGUCAUAAAAAUCUUCGAGUAAAAAAGGGAACAACGACCCAAUGAAAACUGUUAAUGCCGAAUACCCCAAAGUGGCCUUUUCCCGUUGAUUGUAUUGGCGUAGGUUACCUAUGUCACCGACGUUUCAGCGACGCUAGUAAGAUUAUCACAGUAGGAAUUGAGCCACCCUACCCCCACUAGACCACGUUUUGCCGACAAUGGAACUAAAGUAUUUUAAUCCCCUCAUUUGUAUUAUUUAUUCGCCUUCAUGAGCCAUUUAGAGCGCCUUGAAACGGUCCAUGAGUCCAUUAACAUUUUAUGUAACUUUAUUGGCAAAUUCAGCCCAAAAUGUAAUUUAGACAUACAAUUUUUUUAGGGCUUUAUUCAUAACUCUCUUGGAUUUUGUUCGUCUCAUGUCAACAAUUAUUCACUACGAAAACAUAGUGUGGUGUGCUUGUGACUUCUGAUAGUGUUCCCCGUAAACCUAUCCGUUUUUCUACUGGAUGGAACAGAGGUCUUCCUUCCGUUCUUUUUAUCAAAGGUUCCAUUUUGUAGCUUUCACAUCUAUUUCCUAGCACUACGCGGGACCUAAUUCUGAUUUGCCUUCGUACAUCAUAUAAUGGUGAAGGAGACGUCGGAAGGAGAGUUCCUCACGAGUCAUGGUAAAACACACUCUCGUCAGGUUCGCUUUGAGCUCUACGGUUGAUCGGCGAUUUUAUGAGCAUAAGCUCCUACAAAAUAUGUGAGCUUAAGUUUUAAAAACAUAAUUCAUAGGGAAACAUUCAUUAUCGUAUCAGAAAUGAAAUCGAUCCUAGAAUAAUUUACGAGGUCCUAUUUUAGGAAUUCGUAUGCGCAAACCCAAAACAAUCUUGUGACAGUCUAACCGGCAUCAUUGUGAUCUGAUUAUCUGUGAGGCGGCGCUAAUUUUUUUAUCCGUUUAAAAUGUAAGCGAGUGGUUCAUUAUCGGCUUAGGAAGUAAUUACGGGAAUAAGGUUUGUCUCGGACGUGUUCGAGGGUGGAACGUUACUCCUACUGCUGCAUUUGCAGCAUUUCAGCUGGGCCCGAGGAUCCAUUCCUUGGAAAGGGCUGUCUUAACCCUUAGACUCCCAAGAUCUCAUUAGUGAUUCUCCUUACUGUCUGCUAUACAGUUCUUCUGAUGAAGCUUGUGAGAAUUUGGUAUUGGAUCUACUAAUAAUCCCCUGAUUGAUACUUUUCUUGGUUCUCAUCACUAGUCUUAUUGAUCUUGUAUUGAUAUUGUGAGGGGAAAUUCUGUUUUGGUCACUUAUGGGAGUUAAAGGGUUAAAGAAUUUCUUCAGCUCUCUUUAAUUAAUAUCAAAUCCAUUUGCUUCAUAUUCAAUGAAUAUUUUCGUUUGCGAUAAUCGAGGAAUUGUUCCUCCGAGAGGAAUUCGUAGCCGUUGUAAGAUCUCUCGUUUUGUUUUUCGGAAAUAUCAAAAGGUCAGGUCAACAGAAUGUAACUUAACGCUGACAGCAAUUUCCUGGCGGCAGAUUGGCAGUUUGGUGGCAGCAUUUAUUGAAACGACGCAAACAAUUACUUAAUAAAGAUUCUUUUCACAGAAACUUAUUCUUGGCCAGGAAUUAAACAAUAAAACUCACAAAAUUAUGCAGAAGAAUGAUAAUGCAUACAUGGGAAGGGGUGAACGAGGAGAAAGAAGGAUACAGACUUCGCAAUGAGGCAAAGAUUUUGCAAAUUGUUUUGGGGAUGAUAAGUGCAUAGGCUAGCUUAUAUUACAUCUGACAUCAAAAUAGUGUCCACUGGCCACUCGCGUAGAGGAGUAAAAUUCGAUGGGAAAGGAUGCACCAGGGUACAAAAGGAUAUAAACAAUUUCUUUGAAGCAUAGUUUUUAGCAAAUUGUUUUGGCGAUGAAAGCUUCAUAGGCCUACCAGAAUGACAUCUGACAUCAAAAUAAUGUUCAUUAGAGACUCCUGAAAAGAAGUAGCAGUCCAUGGAAUGAGUAGCCGAGGGAAAAGAUGGAUAUGGAUCAUAUCGCUUUCAGUGAAACCCAGAUUUUGCAAAUUGGUUCGGUUAUGAUAAGUGCACAGGCCAAUUUGUAUGACAUCUGACAUCAAAAUGAUGUCUGUUGGCAAUUUUAAGGGUGUCGAAUGGACUUGUCUGUACUUUAGAGCCCGACAAAAUCAUUACGGAUUACGAAUCGGACUCUUCCAUCCUUGUGUCUUUAAAUGUUGGCGAUUGGAGGUAAUUCUAGCACACUCGAAAAUUGCAGUUACGUUUGAAUUUAAGGUAAAUAAAAGUCGGUCUCCAUAGGCAGUUACUUCAGUAUAGGUGGAAAUCUUGGUCAUUCUUCUCGUUUGGGAGUGAGUUAAACAACUGGUUUAAUCGGAUUAGUUCAUAAUCUUCUAAACAAUUAAUUUGUAAUAUCUUAAACACGGGCUUCCAAGUAAUCCAGUGAUCUUGCAAUCAUCGCACACUUUAGAUCCACAGUUUUCAAAUUCCGUACUCGUUCCACAUCAUACUUAAAAAGCGGAGCUAAGCUUUUAAUAAUUGUUAACCAGCUUUUCGCCCUCUCAAAAUUAAAAAAUUAUAUUCUCAAGUUAUGUUCUAAUGAUAUCUGACCGAGCGUGUAUGGCUUUCUGAGCUAAAUUGAUCUCAAAAGGAUUAGCUUUAUCGUUCUAGAAGAUUCAUUUGUGUCGGAAAUUCUUCUAAAGUUUAUUUAUAAAAUUUAUCUUGAAAUCAAAAUGAAGUUGAAAUUCGAAACUUUUUAUAGACAGGUUCUUUGAUGGAGUGCUCGUUGUGUUACCAAGCUGUAGGUUCUUUCCAAGGUCUUUAAAUGUGUAUUUCACGCAUAUACUGCGUGGUAGAUGCGAGACGGGCAGAUAUUUCAUCUUGGUGUUGAAAUUUGCAACAACAAAAAAGGAUACUUGUUUUUGCCUUUUUCAUAUAGUAAGUAGAUUAGCACGUCGUAUCUCGGAGAGGCCACCUCUCAGGCACGAUGAUACUGAUCCGAUAAUUUAUUAUUAAAAAACCAGGGACGUUAUCUAUAAAUAGCUAUGCGAAGUAUUUCCUACAAUUAAAUUAGUGAUAUUAAGUUAAUGAUAAUUUUUCAUCGAUUGACAGGGAGUGAAACAAAUACGGAGCUUUUAUAGACAAAAUUGUAAGACAAAAUAUUUGCGGUAAAAAAGCUGGUGUCCAAAUUCCGUCAACAUAAGUGUAACGAAUGAAUGGAUACAUUAAGAUUUAAACUAAGCCUUUAAUAAUAAAUAGUCUCAAACUCUAAGUACAAGGUCUCAAGUUCAAGGUCUUUGCAUCAUGAUUUGCUAAAUAAUCCGAUCACGUGCGUUGUGCCUAAAAACAAACAAACAAACAUACAUAAACAAAGCUUUCCAAGGGGGGAGUGAAAAUAAAAAAUUGUAGCUCGGAAUGCUUCACGAAAACUUAGGAAUUUUUCAAUAGGAACAUUUGUGGCUGUCAAGGAAAAGUAAAGGAAAAGUGAAGGAAAAGCUUCCAAUCACUAUUGCACAAUGCAGUAGUCAACUUAGUUCGUCAUCGUGACAUUUUUCUGGAAAUUCUUGACGUAAUUUAGGUAGUUGAAACACCAUGUGGUAUAUUGAAUAUCGCUAUAAGUCCGCCAGUUUUCUGAUACUUCUGUAAUUAAACCGGAUAAAAGCUUGAUUGAUGUCUAGACAUAAAUUAAAACGUACUUUCUCUUGACUAGUGUAUAUUGCAGGCAGCUGAAUCCCGCCGGGUGAUCGCAAAGUAAACUGUUUUCAUCAUUCCAGAUUUUUCCGACAUAAUACCCGAUCGUCUCUGUUGUUCGGGUAAGAACGAGGAGGCACGUUUUAGUUCCUUAUAUGCCUAGAUUUCUGCAGUUUUCCAGCAUCUUCCCUGGCAAACUCUUGUUUUGGCAUAGAUAAAGUCUGAGUGAGAUUCCUCACCUUCUGCCCUUCGAGAAAUAUUACAACCCACCUCCCAAAAUGGCCACCUCCCUACUGUGGUUCUCUGCGUACUCUGCCCUUUCCCAAAGGUGACCUUUUUGGUUGUGGAAAGGUUCGACUACAUACCUCAAUUUAACCCUUUAACUCCCAAGAUCUGAUUGUCAAUUCCUCCCUCUAGAUGCUACAUGUUUUCUUGUAAAUCAGUUAUGAGAAUUUAGUGUUAGAUCAAGAUAACAAUUUCUACGUGAUAAGUUGGAGUUUUCUCAAUACCUGUUUGCUGGAUAAUUUAUGGAUAUUAUAGGGAGAAAUUACAUGCCAAACACUUGUGGGAGUUACAGGGUUAAGAGGCUGUACUGUUUAGAACCACAUCUCUAAUUUGAUCAUGCGAUCUACUGUCUUAUCAACAAAAUCAUGAAAGUCCAUGUAUUUCCCUUCCCACAGGAGAGCAGAGAGCGGUUAUCUUACAAGCCAUGCGUCAUUGGGAAAACACUACUUGCUUAACAUUCAUUGAGCGAACGACAGAGAAAGACUAUAUUUACUUCCAUAAAGGACGCUGUGGGUUAGUAUUUGGUUUUUACUUUCUGCGAUCGUGUUUUGUAAAUUACUCAGUCAACAGUCACGCAAGGGACGAGGAAUCAAAACUUAGUGUUCACCUCAUCGAUAUGGGUAAAAAUUGUUGAAACGGGCAAAUUUUUCCCUCGCCACUCGUAGCCUUUUAUUGUCAUAAGCUUAUUAGACAAGUUGACAAGGUCUGCGUCAGGAGAAUCUCUGACGUUGCUUAGCAAUGGCUACGCGAAACACUUACCUUAGAGGAAGUGAGUUCAAUUGGUACCAUAAAUGAAGGAGCGGUGAAAAUUAUAAAAAGAGGAGAGAACAACCAAAUUGGAGAGUCGAAACUUCAACACAAAUUUAUUUUCCAAUAUAUGUUAUAGAUGCCAAAAUAAUUUAGAUCUUCUACUUUUUAUGUUCCUUCUAAUAAAAUUUUUUUUUCUCAGCUGCUGCUCGUAUGUUGGACGCAAGGGGAAUGGGCGCCAAGGGAUUUCUAUUGGCAAGAAUUGUGACAAGUUUGGCAUAGUGGUGCACGAGAUUGGACACACAGUGGGGUUCUGGCACGAGCAUACGCGGCCUGAUCGGGCUGAUUUUGUUAACAUUUUCAGGGAGAAUAUAAAGAAAGGCUAGUAGUACAUUGAAAUCCAUAGACGUGUUUACCCAUUGGGCUGCGAAGAUUUGUUCCAAUUAAGAAGGGUCUCAGUGGGUUUAACCGUUCGCCGUAAACCGCCAAAAAAUUCAACCGUUAGUCGUAAAAAAGAGGUAACAAAACAGUAACAAAAUUUCUGGUGACUACUAUGGAAAGAUACUAACCGUUAGCCGUAAAUUGGCCAUAGUUUUAGCCGUCAGCCGUAAAAGCCAUCCCCCCAUUAAGACUCUCAUUAAGAGGCGCGGGUAUGUAAUGGCAUCGGAGCAAUUAUUGAGCCUCAAACUCCGUUAGUUCAAAGUGUGGAUAACGCUAUCCACUCCAUAAAUUUCUAUUCAGAAGAUAGCGCAGUAAGUUUUAUUAACAAUCAUCCACCGGAUAGCGAUUUACCCAUUGAAUAGCAUUAUCCGCCCCUUGGAUAGCUUCCGAUCUCUCCACUAUUCACAUGCAAACUGACACCAAUCGCGACUUUAUCACUCGCCUUUUCCGCCUUUUUACUUUGGCUUUUUACAUGCGAGUCAUCAUUGCUUUCUUUCCUUGCAAAUUUUUAUAAGAUUUGAUCGAUCGUUGUCAUGGCUUUAAUUACUUUGGUUUUGAUUUUGCAACGACGAAUUUCCAAAAAUAGACCUAUCAAUAAUAGCAGGUUGAGUUUUUCGUGAUGGUUUUUGUUACAUUGCGUUCUCUUACUCACGAUUCUUAAUUUCUUUGUUUGCCUUUCUUUCUUUUACCAAUUUUUUUGUUGUUGUUGUUGUUUUUUGUUUUUAGGUGAAGAACAUAACUUUCUAAAACUCAGUUCCGCAGAAAUAAAUUCUUUGAACGAGCCUUAUGACUAUGCAUCCAUCAUGCACUACGGGAAAUACACGUUUGCGAAGGAAGGCCAUCAAGUAACGAUUUUGCCCAAAAAGAAUUCACAAACGGAUCUUACCCCUGAAAUUGGACAAAGGGAAAAGCUCAGUAUUGGAGAUAUCAGACAAACUGAUAAAAUGUACCGCUGUCCAGGUUGGUAGAUUACAUGAACGUGUAUCACAAGCUUCUCAUUAAUCUCAAUCAGUGUAGUCCUGCUGGAGUAUGACGUCCAUUUUUAGACAGUCGUUGCAUGAAGUUGACAGAAAUAUAUUUCCAAUGUAAGAUCUGACACCCGCUGGAAAUAGACGGAAACUCUAUUUUCCUUCGCAGUGCGCAUUCUAGGUCGCUCGUUAUUACUUUAAGUUCUAAUUGGAUUCUAUUAAUAUGUUUCCGCUCUUAUCGGCUCUUUCCUUCGCAGUAGGCGCUCUUGGUGGCUCGUAAUUACUCUAAGUUCUCGUUGGCCUCUUGUGAUAUGUUUUCGCUCUGACUGGGUCUUGUGAUUACUUUAGUUCUGAUUUUACGACACUCAACCUUAGUGUGCUCUAUGUCAGAAGUAGUUCCCUGGGUCGUUAUACACAGUUUUUUUUACCAGGAGAGCGAAAAGAAGAUAUUUUUCUUAAACAAGCUUAAGAUCAUGACGGCACGCUUUCUUCCUUCUUUUGAGGCUUACCGUUCAUAGGUAACGCCGCGAGACCUGCGACAAGUUGUUUUUGAGCAUAAAGUAAUUCAAUUUGACUAUUGAGAAACUUCUUACACGGUAAUAUCGAUUUGUCUUUAAAAUGUACAUUGCUAUUAUUCAAUUAGAAUGUGGAAGAGCACUACAUAAGCACGCUGAUACAUUUUCGUCUCCUGGAUUCCCCAAGAGUCAAAAGUACAAGUUAUGUGUGUGGCGCAUUGCUGUGACGCCGGGGGAGCGGGUCUCUCUUAAUUUUACGGUCUUUGGUCUCAAAAGAAGCUCAGGAAAAUGCAGGGACGAGUACGUGGAGGUUCGGGACGGUCAUUCCAAGUCUUCGCCUGUGAUUGGUCGAUAUUGUGGGAAGAGAGUGCCACCUUUAAUAUUGUCCACAGGGAAUAGAUUGUGGAUAAAGUAUCAGUCGUCUGAAAUUGUAGGAAAGCAAGGAUUCAAGGCAAGUUACAAAGGUAAGAAAAAAUUCGCGUGGUAAUUGAAGAAACCUGCUCAGUCGCCACUUAGCGCCCGCGUGUAAAAGUAAUUACGGAUCCUGUGUUACCGAGUAUACCUUACGGUAGCAAGAGCACCGCUGUGAGAGUGAGGGCGCAAUCAGACUGGAGAAAAAGGAAGAAAGAAAAGAAUGACUUACGAAAGGGAAUAAAAAAGAAAUAGAAGAGAAUAAGGGAAGAAAGUUUGUAUUUGCGGUAAGAUGGAGGAAAAGGACUCAAUAAGACAAAGACCUGUUUUUUGUAGGAUUUAUUAUUUUAAGGCAUGAUUUGCAUCGUUAUUUGCAGCGGUAUGUGGUGGUGACAUAACUUCUCUUCAAGGAACCAUUCAGUCACCGAAGUAUCCGCUGUGGUAUCCAUACAACAAGAAGUGUACUUGGAAAAUUACUUUGCCAGCGGUUCGUAACACUUUCAGAUACCAUGAUUAUAAAUGUUUACCAUUAUUGCAGGGGUGUCUGUGUUUUGUAAGUUUGUGAUGAUUUACCUGCGUUUGAAUAACAAGGAAUGACGAGCGGUAUGAUCGCUGCGGGUCAAUGUUAGUAUCUGAACAACUGCACGCCUACCCCUCCCCCACCUUGUUAUCUGUUGUCUGUUACUGGGUCAGGGGAGGGGUACACAAUGUAAGUGCACAGAUGCUCAGAUAUUGACAGUCAUCCAUUAUUUCUGCCUAACGGAAAAACUGUCUAUUUUUAUACCCUACAGCUGUUUAAAAAAUGCCUUAACAACUUAAUGUAUUCAAAUUAGCUUCUUGGGGGGAGUGAGCUACAACGUAGCUUGCGAGACGGUUGUCACUUUUUUUACGCUUUUUGGGCGAGCAGAGGAAAAAGCGAGAGCGAGGAGAGCGCGAAAGGCGCAUCACGGGUAAAAAUUUGUUUUUUCUUCUUGUCUAGAGAGGGGUUCAGAUGAAAAAUUCUGAUCUUCCAUGUGGAAUUGAACCUGUAACCUUCGGAUUCCUCUCCCUAUCGCUCUACCACUGCGCCAUAGGGACUCCAUAUGGAGAGCUCAGUCGUUACCAGGGUCAUAUGAGACACGUAUCCCACACACUGCUGGGAUCAGCUAUGCAUAUAUGCUUUUACGAACUCCUCCAUUGUUUCAUAUGCAAGUUUAUGGGCCUGAUUCUUGAUCAUAUAACUUAACAAGAGCUUUUGUGAAUAAUUCUUUCUCAGCAUUUUAGGGUUGGAAUUCGCUUUAUUGCUUUCGAUAUCGAGAGCCAUAGCAAGUGUCUGUAUGAUUAUCUUCAAAUAAAAGACGGACCUGAGGACUCCUCGUCCUUACUAGGACGAUACUGUGGGAAACAAAUUCCUCAGGAGCUGAGGAGCAAUUCCAGUCAGGUGACAAUUCAGUUCUCUUCAGAUGGAACCGUAAAUAAACCUGGCUUCUACUUGAACUUUUUCUCAGGUAAUAGAUUGUUUGUUUUUUGAUGUGGUUGCCAUAAGAGCGCGAUCUGGAACGUUUUUGAUCGGUUAUGUCGAAUGAUACCGGAGGCUGCGACUUUUUUAGAUACAGGAGUAUCUGACAAUCUGAUGUUUAAGUUUUAGUUAUGGGAGCUGAAUGAAAACUGGUUGUUACAGUUAUUAGACAUUGUGGGAAGGAAGGGGUUUUUUUAAGAUGUGCUUUUUGAAAAUUCUGAGAUUAGAAAAUGGCUUAAUAAUUAUGUCGGCCGAAAGAUUACUCUAAGAGAACACAGAGAGAAAGGACGAAAAAAAAAAGCAUUAAACUUAACCCUCAUAUGAGGCUAGGUUCGGCAAUUUAACUCUGCCCUCUAAUGAAUCGUGAUAUAAUUCGUCACCAUUCCAUUAAAGAUUGGUUCAUCUUGCCCGCUGGAGCUGAACAAGGAAUGUGAGUCAUACUGCAGGCUCUUAGAGCCAGUAUUACGAUGAUUAUGAUGUAAUAUGUUAUUUUUCAGAGACGAACGAGUGUAAAACCAACAAUGGCGGAUGCCAACAAAUCUGUGUGGAUACCAUUGGUGGCCACCGUUGUUCAUGUGAGCCUGGUUACGAGCUGAGGUCAAAUAACAAAGAUUGCGAAGGUAGGGGGGCAAACAAUAUUGCAAGGAGCAGGGAAUAGAAAAGAACGCUGUUGGUAUCACAAUUUUUUGUCAGAAACGCCCAUACGUUAAUUUGGCUCAAGCAUUCAUAUGGUCUUGAAGAUUUGAAUUCAAAAUUAAUGCUUGCAUUCUUUUACCGGGGCACGAAUGACUCUUUUGCUGCUGCAUAUGUCUCUGAAUAUUAUAUUCCACGGUUAUAACUACCUAACGAUGACUCUUGACCAGUGUCCAGUCCCGUGCGACGAUAGAAUGGUAUUUUUCGAGAGGGAUGUGAGCUGGAGUAAGAUCUGUUGCCAUUUUACUAGCAUAGCGAAUAACGAGUCCGGGUAAAUUUCAGUAGAAGGGCUAAAUAAUUCUUCUUCAAUUCAUCACACUCACAAACACUGCAUGUGUUUUUGAGUGCGUUAACGUCUCUAAUUCUAAAUAACGAUUUACGCAGGUGCCUGUGGAGGAACACUAAGGGCUCCUAACGGAAACAUAACGUCACCAAGCUACCCCGGUAACUAUCCCAAGAAUAAACGCUGCUUUUGGAAAAUCAUGGGACCCGAAGGACAACAGAUAUCACUGAAGUUUGACAAGUUUCAAUUGGAGGGAACUGGAAAUGGAGUAAGUUUGUAUAGUUUUUCAGAAACAAAUUUUAAAUUUCGUCUGGAAUCAACAACCGAGAAACGUAUGAUGUUUAUUAACGGUAUAGGAAUACCCCAGGAUAUUUGUAUUUUCUAAAUAGUGUGAUAAAAUUAACUUUGAAUUCAAAUUGCACUCUCCAGCGUGGUCAAAGUGGUUCUAGAAUCUUAUAGGUUUUAGUUCUUGUCAUCUACGACAAUCCUACCCUGAAUAUUUGACUAUACUUUACUUCUGGGCUUGAAUCAUGACCUGUACAAAAGAUAUACACAGUCCAAUAAACUUCGGUUAUAGGAAAUUCAAAGGUGAAUGUAUCGCAAGACUCUGUAAGUGUUUCCAUCACACCGAAAUUUGUAGCACACUAUCGGAAUAAGGGGCGAGUGUUUUUCCUCCUCUUAUUGCCAUGUUUUAACUUUUUGAUUUUUGCCAUAUAGCAAAGCUUUAUGCCUCACUGCUUAAUUAUUCAGGUUUGCCGGUACGAUUACGUCAAAGUAAAAGAUAAGAACGAUCAGGUUCUUGGAACGUUUUGUGGUGGAAAGAUUCCUCAAACAGUGACCAGCUCUUCAAACCUCAUGUGGGUGGAGUUCAGGUCAGAUCACACUCAAUCUCGGGCUGGAUUCUCUGCUGUGUAUUAUGCAGGUAACCGAGGCAGAAUGAAGAUCAGUAUAAGGACCUUAUACGCUCUUGAACAAUCGAGAGGUAGUUGUUCCAAUUUACUUGGAGGCUUUGCAUGGGAACGAAGUGAAUCACUCAUUUUUCACUCAGCUCGGAAGAUUGCCUUAAAAUUCGUGUUACUCUAUGUUCUUCAGUUGUUUUUGUUCGUCAUGGACAUGACUCGGCGAAUCUGAAGUACAUUACUCGAUCCAGCAUGGCCUAUUGCAGUCCCCUCUGCUGAAUCCCAUGUGAAUCCUUAAGAUUAAUACUUUUUUUUUCAAAAAGAAGUAUCAGAGUUUUCCUUUUUUCCCUUUAAGACAAAGACGAAUGUCAAAAUAACAACGGUGGAUGCCAGGAUAAAUGUAUGAACACAGCUGGCAGUUACAUCUGUUCCUGCAGAGAAGGGUUUGUUCUUCAGAAGGACAAGCAUAGCUGUAAAGAAGGUGAUAACUGUUUGAGACCUGUCCCUGACUUUUCCAUUCCUAUUAGUAAAGUGGGAAUCAUUUAGGCUGGGUGGCUUGUCAGAACUCAAGCGUCUUUUAUAGCUAAAUAAAACGAGGUUUUUUAGAAAUAUCAUUUCAUCUGUAUCGCUCCACUCCAGCCAGGUCAGGUUCAAAUCCCACCCCCCCCCUCUCCCCCGGGCACGCACGACGGUCAAAGAGGGGGGGGAGGGGGGGAAGUUGAGACUUGAUCUUGAUUUUGAACUGAUUGGCGCAUAAAUGGCCAUAACUCACGUUUUUCUUUAUCCGAUGCUUGUAACGAAAGGAGUAACACAUUUCUUGAAAAUUUCUCUUUACUUAAUAAAUUGAUUUGAUUUUUUUUAAGUAAAUGGCUGUGGUGGUGCCCUGACAGCCUUAUCUGGUGAAAUAACAUCUCCGAAUUACCCAGGAUCUUACCAAUCAAACAGAGAUUGUACGUGGAAAAUUGUUGUCCCACCAGGAAGCCACAUACAGCUUACCUUCAACGUAUAGUAUAUUUAUUGUUUAAGAGUGAAUGCUAAAAUGCAUAUGGCUUUGGAUUCUACCGCAAAAUAAAUGUUUACCGUAGAACCAAUUACUUACUUUUCUUGUUGUUUACCGAAACCGCCUCGUAAACAAUCUUGCAUUUCAGUAAUCGUUUAAAUCAAGCAUAUUUUUGUUCCUGUCGAGGUUUUUACGUGUUCGCUUUUAUUUUGCUAUUUGAGAGUGCCUUUGUAGUAAUUAUUCUUUUAUUGAUUUUUUAUUGUUAAGAGGGCUUACAGCUUGCACUGGAAAGAUAUUUUUACUUCACUUAAACAACCAGCCCGUAAAGAAAUAUCGAAUUCAGUUGAUGGUCUAAUAUCGGCGCCAAAGUUUGACUUCAAUUGAAUAGCCAGCCCUUAGCGUUUUUAAGACUGAAGUUUUUUCACUUUGCUGUUGCCUGCUUCCUUGAUGAAGUAAUUAAUUUAUCCUUUGAUAACAUAAAUUCACUCAUUCACCAUAUGUCGAAAAAAAAAAAAAGUAAGACGCAACCGAACUAAACCGCCGCACCGUAGUUUAAGCCUUUCAUUACCAGUCUCCUCUAAACCGUAUGAUUUACCUAAUAAACGCAUCUUCGACUUACUUUACUAGGAAAUCGACAUUGAACAUCAUGAGAACUGCUCUCUUGACUACGUAGAAGUGUUCUCGGGUACUGGCCAACAAGCCGUGAGCCUGGGCCGAUAUUGCGGAAGGAGAAUUCCUGCAGAUAUUCAUUUUUCCAGAGCUCAUAAAAUGUUGGUGAAAUUUUACUCGGAUAAAUUGAUCGGCCACACAGGGUUCAGAGCACAGUAUACUGCAGGUCAGUCGUUGUAUUUAAAUUCUUCGACAGAAAUUAUUUCGUGGGGCCUGGGUUUUAUUUCCUAUAACCUGAAUUUAUACACGUGGGUUAAGUUCGCUGUUUCGUCUCAUCCUUUCUCUUAGGGCUCUCUUACCGAGUUCUUCGUUUUCCCCUUCAAGUAGUCCAAGUUCGCACAAUAAGCCUUCGUAAAAUAUUUCGAAAUAUCUCUGUUCCCCGAAAGGGGAAACAUUAAGAUUUGAAACAGAGGAACGGUCACUUUCUUGACCCGAAAAUCUGAACUAGCUUUGAAUAGAAACAAAUUUACUUUGCUUUAUCGUUUUUUCAUUUUCACCUUGUCAGUUUUCAAGGCUGAUCUACGGCCGUUUAGCUCGCUUUUAGUUCCCCGGCCCUACUUUGCCAUCUUUAUACAUUUUCUCCUUAACAUAGACAGCCUUACGGAACAUUCAACCAAUAUAUCCAAGUUCAUAGAGCGAUUUAGGUAUCUACAAAAAUGCUUUGCUUUCUUUUCAUUUCCAUAAUUAGGAGGAUAAUCUCAUCAAUUUUAGAAAACUCGUUCUGCUUCUUAUUUCUUUUCUUUUGUUUUCAUAUUGUUCUUUUUUUCUUUGUAGUGUGCAGUGCAAAUCUUCACGUAUCAAAUAACAAACGUCAGUUCUUCUCUCAUCCAAGUUAUGGCAGCGACAAUUACAAAUCAAACCUCCGGUGUUCAUGGCGGCUGACUACUCGGCCUGGAUAUAUUAUUCGUUUGCGAUUCAAGCAGUUUGACGUUGAAAACGAGAAGCUCUGUGGAUACGAUUACGUCAUCAUCCGCGACGGAACUAACAACACCGCGCCACUACUGGGACGAGCUUGCGGUCAGACGUCGACUCAAUCUUCCCACGAGUUCGUAUCAACCGGAAAUCGAAUGUGGAUAAAAUUUGAAACGGACUUGACAAACAACAGGAAAGGUUUCAUUGCAGAGUAUUUUAGAUCACGCAAAAAUGAAAAACGAUCGUUAUAGGAAAAGACAGUAGCAGUCGCUUUAUGUAUGUGGAAAAAUUUUCUUAGCGCUAAAGCAGAAAUGUUAAGACAGCCUUAAAAAAAUCCCUGUUACGCUAUUAAGUCAUAACCGGCUAAUUAAAUAAGGUAAACGUAAAAAAAUAUUUUUAAUUAAAGCAAGAGUUAUUUUUAUUUAUUACUCUUAGUACAUUUCAACCUGCUACACUUUCUAGGGAUUUGCAAUAACCUGUGAUUUGUACUUUCCCGGACUGUUUUGUUCAAAUUUCUUCUUAAUGUGAUAUUGUGUAGUUUUUUUUUUAAUUUAUUCUAUGCCGCUG